GGCCCUUUAAGAGGACGUCAGUCGUUGAUCCCGGAAGGCUGAACGGGGACCAGAGAUUAAAGAUUGAAGCUGGUGUGCAUGACCAGAACUCUUCUUAAAAAUGAGUGAGCCAGAACUGUUGUUGGAUUCCAAUAUUCGAUUAUGGGUGGUGCUUCCCAUAGUCUUCAUCACCUUCUUUGUGGGGAUGAUUCGUCACUAUGUAUCCAUCCUUCUCCAGAGUGAUAAAAAGCUUACUCAGGAACAAGUGUCUGACAGCCAAGUUCUCAUUCGAAGUAGAGUCCUCAGAGAAAAUGGAAAAUACAUUCCAAAGCAGUCAUUUCUGACACGGAAGUAUUAUUUCAAUAAUCCUGAUGAUGGGUUCUUUAAGAAAACUAAAAGAAAGGUAGUGCCUCCUUCCCCAAUGACAGAUCCUACCAUGCUGACAGAUAUGAUGAAGGGGAAUGUAACAAAUGUAUUACCUAUGAUUUUAAUUGGUGGUUGGAUCAACAUGACCUUCUCAGGCUUUGUCACAACAAAAGUCCCCUUUCCUCUGACGUUGCGUUUUAAACCAAUGCUACAACAGGGUAUUGAAUUGCUUACUUUGGAUGCAUCUUGGGUAAGCUCAGCUUCUUGGUAUUUUCUAAAUGUCUUUGGACUUAGAAGCAUUUAUACUCUCAUUCUUGGCCAAGAUAACGGUAAGUUAUUUUCUGAUAGCAUGCCUGCAGAUACUAAUAAAGCAUUCAAGACAGAAUGGGAGGCUCUAGAACUGACUGACCAUCAGUGGGCGCUGGAGGAUGUUGAGGAAGAACUCAUGGCUAAAGAUCUCCACUUUGAAGGCAUGUUUAAGGAAGAAUUGCAGACAUCCAUGUUCUGAGGACCUUCAUUUGGUUGGCAUUAAAUCAGUUAUGUUUAAUAUCA